GGUGAGUAGUGAAAAGAACCGACCCGGAAGCGAAACGGAGGGAACUUCCGUUCUUUGUUCUGUCCACCGUGUGUGGGUCUGUGACAGGGACCAACGGGGCCUGGUCGGUGUCCGGCCCCCCAAAUCUCCCGUCCCUGCCCCCAGGUCAUACAGCAUUGGCAUCAACUCAAGUCAGAACUCCCAGGAACUUGAACAGACGCUGCCAAAUUCCCAGUAAUUGCUACUCUGGCCUUUUCGAGACUAACUCCAAAGAAGGAAGGAAAGAAUCCGGCGGUGCUUCCUCAUUGUCACUCAAACCCUGCUUCCUGCUGACUUUGCAAACAGGAGACCAGAGAUACGAGCUUCUAGCCCUACCCAUGGAAACGCAGGCUGACCGUGCAUCUCAGGAACCUCAGGCCCUGCUUGAGAGUGCUCUUCCUUCCUCCAAAGUUCCUGCAUUUUCCGACAAGGACAGUCUGGGGGAUGAGAUGUUGGCAGCUGCACUGCUGAAGGCCAAGGCCCAGGAGUUGGUGACCUUUGAGGACGUGGCUGUGUACUUCAUUCGGAAGGAGUGGAAGCGUCUGGAGCCUGCUCAGAGGGACCUCUACAGGGAUGUGAUGCUGGAGAACUACGGGAACGUGUUCUCGCUGGAUGGUGAGACCAGAACUGAGCAUGAUCAACACAUUUCUGAAGAUACAGGGUCACACGGGGUGCUAUUGGGAAGAUUCCAAAAGGAUAUUUCUCAGGGUCUUAAGUUUGAAGAAGCCUAUGAACAAGAAGUCGGUCUGAAGAGGCAGCUGGGGAACUCCUCUGGAGAGAGACUGAAGAGGAAGAUACAGGAUUUGGGUCAAGUGACAGCUGAGGAAAAACGAACCCCCACGGGAGAGAGAAGUGAGAAAUACCGUGAUCUGGGGAACAGCUUUGCUGUGAGUCCCAGCCUUCUGUCCCAUCAGAGACUUCCUGUGGGUGACAGACCCCAUAAGUGUGAUGAAUGUAGCAAGAGCUUUAAUCGAACUUCAGACCUUAUUCAGCAUCAGAGGAUCCACACCGGGGAGAAGCCCUAUGAAUGUAGUGAGUGCGGGAAGGCCUUCAGCCAGAGCUCACAUCUUAUCCAGCAUCAGAGGAUCCACACGGGGGAGAAGCCCUACGAAUGCAGUGACUGUGGGAAGACCUUCAGCUGCAGCUCUGCUCUCAUUCUCCAUCGGCGGAUCCACACCGGGGAGAAGCCCUAUGAAUGUAACGAGUGUGGGAAAACCUUCAGCUGGAGCUCCACCCUUACUCAUCACCAGAGAAUCCACACUGGAGAGAAGCCGUACGCUUGUAAUGAAUGUGGCAAGGCCUUCAGUAGGAGCUCCACCCUUAUUCAUCACCAGAGAAUCCACACUGGAGAGAAGCCCUAUGAAUGUAACGAGUGUGGGAAGGCCUUCAGCCAGAGCUCACACCUCUAUCAGCACCAGAGGAUCCACACUGGAGAGAAGCCCUAUGAAUGUAUGGAAUGUGGAGGGAAGUUUACUUACAGCUCAGGCCUUAUUCAGCAUCAAAGAAUCCACACAGGGGAGAACCCCUAUGAAUGUAGUGAGUGUGGGAAAGCCUUUAGGUACAGCUCAGCUCUUGUUCGCCAUCAGAGAAUUCACACUGGGGAGAAGCCUUUGAAUGUAAUGGGAAUGAGCAAAAGUUCUCUCCGGGUCACUGCUGCGUUAAAUAUCAGGGAGUCGACGUGAAAGAGAGCCGCUCACCUGUUCUCCUCACUUCCUCUGAGUCUCAAGAGCGUCUGCCUUACUCUACAAGUACGAACAACUUAGGAUGUGUCCCUUCACUUUAGAGAAUGGGGCAGACUGGGCAGGCCAUCCUGGCACAGUGGUUAACAACCGAGUCAGUGUCCCCAGGAAUGACCUCAGCCCUGAAAGAUUAGGCCACUAGUAGAGGGAAGCUCUGGGACCAGUCUUCUUCCGUUUUGGAAGGCAGUUUGCACUAGACCAUGUUUCUCACACCAGAGGAGCCUUUCUUUCCAAGGUGGGGUUGGAAGCACGUAGGAAUAAAAUUCCAAGGAGUCCUCUAGUUGGGAGUCAGUAUAGUCAGCAGAGAAGAACGUGGAAAGAAUGUUCUGGGUCGUGUUACUGGCUAGCAGGGGAGAUGGAGGCUGUAUUUCAAAGCCACUGCUUCUAAUCCAGCUUUCAGUUCUGAUGAAGAAUGUGCUGUUUUGUUCUAUGACUUCGUUCAUUAGGGAAACGGGUGCUGAGGGAUGUUACUUUGUCGGGCGGGGGAAGGACCCUAAGGUUUUCUGCAGUGACUGUAUCCUUUAGGGCUCCUGGAGCAGCAUAAGCCAGUUUCCAGGAGCAGCCUGGCAGUUUUGUGGGAGAACUCGCUCUUCCCUGCUGUGAUAGGACUAACUGGGAAUCCAGCUAAUCACUGGGUCUAACAUGAGGGAAAGGAGCAAAAGCUUUUAGCAUCAACCUGUUCCUUUCCUCCUCUCUCCUGCCACUUCUGUGACAGAAAGUGAUUUAAUCUAAACCCCUAGUUACUAAGGAUGCUUUUAAGGAGCUCGCUUAGCCAGCUUCCUGUGCCCUCUGUCACCUAUAACCUGUGACCUCUGGCCCUGGCAGCUGGACCCCUCCUGAUGCCACCUCUGACUUCGGCAGCCAAGAAUGAAUGCAAAGCACAGAGACCAGAGGAGGACAACUCGGCCUGAGCCUGGCCACGGGGCCUCUCGCCGGGUUAGAGGAGCUCCCGGGGCUUCCCAACUGAAGGGAUGACCUGCGGUUACACUUGCCCAUCGUGCUCCUCCUGUAGCAUACAUGAAGUGCACUAUUAAACAGAAUAGUUUUCAGAAGGACAGAUUGAGUGUGUUUUUGGGCAGGGGCCAAAUUUAUUUCAGUUUAAACAAGAAACAUUAGUGACUGUAAAUGGAAUCUUUAAGAAAUUAAAGCUUUGUACAGACAACCAUUUCCCCUUUAGGCUCAAACAUGUGACCUCCCUCCCUCAAGACUCCAUCAUUUCCUCUGCGUUGCCUCUGACUCUCAGGCAUUUACCAGUCGCUCCCCUAUCCAUUAGGGUCUUAUUGAUGCGUAUUGUUUUGUGUGAUACGAUACUUAACACCAGCUGCCAAAACUAGGAAGGUGUUGCUAAGUAUGGGGUCCUUGAUAAGAGUGUACUUGGGUGUCAGGUACCGAUGGGCCUGUUGAGAUGUCUUGGUUUGGCUGUGGGGAGGUUACGGUCAUGGAGAAGGCGGAGAUGAAAGAGAUGAGGACGUGUCUGGAACUCUGGCCUCUGAAAAUUUUUGGAUCGUGUAUUUUGACCACGUAAAGUUUUUAAUUUCAUAAAACUAAUGAAACUC